AUGCUCUCCCCCUGGACUCUUCUCAUCCUCGCCCUCUGCACCCUCCUGAACCUGCACCUAGCAAGCUCAAAGCCCACACGAGCACGCCCCCGUCCACCUCCCGAAAAGCUCACCGAACUCCGCGCCCACCGUGCCCUGCGCCCCCUACGCACCCUCAACCGGACCUCCCUCUCAUCCCGCACCACCCAAGAAGAGAAAGAAGUCCAAUACAGCACCAACUGGGCCGGCGCAGUCCUCGACCCUUUACCAAACAGCACAUACGCCUUCGUCUCGGCAACCAUCACCGUCCCCACGCCAACGCCCACGUCCUCGUCAGAUUCAGAUUCAGAUUCAGACUCAGCCUCCACCUACCAAGCGGCCUCCGCGUGGCUCGGCAUCGACGGCGCAACUUACGCCACCGCAAUCCUGCAAACGGGGAUCGACAUCUACGUGAUCGACGGAGAAGGCUACACGGACGCGUGGUACGAAUGGUACCCGGAUUUCGCGCGGUACUUUGACGAGUUUGCCGUGUUGCCGGGGGAUGUGCUUGUUGCUUCGGUGAACGCGUCUUUUACUCCGGAUGCCAACGGUCGCAGUGGCGGUGCGGACCACGGCGUCUGUAUCAUGGAGAACCUGACGAGUGGGGAGAGUGUUACGACGACGGUCUCUGCGCCCAAGAGCACGGCGACCCUGGCUGGGCUCAAUGCGGAGUGGGUUGUGGAGGAUUAUAGUAGUGGCGGGGAGGCGGUGCCGUUUGUGGGGUUUGGGGAGGUGCGGUUUGAGGGUUGUGCUGCGGGACUUGGGGAUGGGAGGGAGGUUGGGUUGGAUGGGGAGCAGAUGGAGGUGUAUGAGCUGGUGCUUGGGGGCGUUGUUGCGGCGGGCGUGGAGGUUGGUGGGGAUGGGGUUGUGGUUACGAGGGAGGGGGUGUAG